UAAUAAUAUGGUUAAAAGAAAAAUGUCAUAAUUGUUGAAAUUCUAACAAAAAAUCACUAAAAUAAAAAUAAUAUUCUAAACAUAGACAAGAUGGGCCUAAAAGAAAAUCAAAGCCCAAAUGAUUUGUUUGGUGUAUGACCCAUUGACUGACCCCAUUUUCAACUCUUGUCUGUUUCUCUCUCCAAUCUUUGUGGUUGGCCAGUGACCCAGAUCGAAAUCCAGCGAAUGAAGGAAACACAUUCUCGAUCGGAGACUAUGAAAUGUGACAUCUUUUGAGUUUCAAAAAUCUCAUGGGGAUUUGUUUCAGUAUUGAAGAUGAUCCUCACCAGUCCAUUAAGAGGAUUCCAGUGGGACUUGCAGCAUCAUCUGUGAGAAACCCUUGUGAAGCAGAUAGAAGUAAUAGUAGUAGUAGCACUCCCUUGGCUCCAAGGGAUGUCAAAGAUCUACGCCAAAAUCCUGGUUACAGCAAUGUUGACAUAUUUAGUUAUGAGGAGAUGAGACUUGCCACUAAGAGAUUUCGCCCUGAUUUGAUUCUUGGUGAGGGUGGUUUUGGUGUUGUUUAUAAAGGACUUGUUGAUGAUUCUGUUCGUUCUGGUUACAUAACUACUCAAGUUGCUAUUAAAGAACUUAAUAGAGAAGGCUACCAAGGUGACAGAGAAUGGCUGGCUGAAGUUAACUAUCUUGGUCAGUUGAGACAUGAUAAUCUUGUAAAGCUUAUUGGUUAUUGUUGUGAAGAUGAACAUAGAUUAUUGGUGUAUGAAUACAUGGCAAGUGGAAGCUUAGAAAAACAUCUUUUCCGUAGAGUGGGAUGCACUCUAACUUGGUCAAGGAGAAUGAAGAUUGCUUUAGAUGCUGCUAAAGGACUUGCUUUUCUUCAUGGGGCUGAAAGACCUAUCAUAUACCGCGAUUUCAAGACCUCAAACAUCUUGUUGGAUGGGGAUUUUAAUGCGAAACUUUCAGAUUUUGGUCUUGCAAAGGAAGGUCCUAUGGGAGAUCAAACCCAUGUUUCGACACGUGUGAUGGGUACUUAUGGAUAUGCUGCUCCUGAGUAUGUUAUGACAGGACAUUUAACAGCGCGUAGCGAUAUUUAUGGAUUUGGAGUAGUGCUACUCGAGAUGCUAAUUGGAAGAAGAGCAAUGGACAAGAGCAGACCUAGCCGAGAACACAACCUUGUUGAGUGGGCGCGUCCACUUUUAAACCACAACAAGAAGCUUCUUCGGAUUUUAGACCCGAGGAUAGAAGGACAGUAUUCAGCUAAAACUGCAAUGAAGGUAGCCCAUCUGGCAUACCUAUGCCUUAGUCAAAACCCGAAAGGCAGGCCUCUAAUGAGCCAAGUGGUAGAAAUCUUAGAGGCAUUUCAGACGAACGAGGAAAACCAAGAAGAAGAAUUGCUUCAAAAUGGAGGAAACGGUAUAACUCUUUAUGAAGCUCCCAAGGUUGCUGCUCCUUCAUCUUUCGAAGAGAAGAAAAGUGUGUAUAGAAGUAACGGUGUAAAGACAACAGAAGCGUAUCCUAAGAGCAAGCCAGGAAAUGGAAGGAGCAAGAGUGAGCCACCGAGCGACUUUUUUGAGCGUCAUAACCAAUCCCCUUUGAUGGAUUGUGGUCCUGGUGAUGAGAAAUCGGCUUCCACAAGACGUUGAUGAGCUAUGGAUAGAAAGUUGAAUUGUAUAAGAUCCCUCCUCAGCUGCUCUAUCCAUUUGUUGUUGUAUGUUUGCUACUUUUUCUUUUUCUUUUUGUAGAUUCUCUAAAAUGAGAAUUUGAGAUUCUUUUUAAGCUAGUUGCUCUUGUAGAACAAGCCUUAAAACAAAGGCAUAAUUAAUGAAAUUAAAAAGCUUUUAAUGUUC